GCCACAUCGAUCGUCUAAUUUCUAAAUUCUCUGUACCCGACCUUGCAACCUUAACUACAGCAUACUCAGAACCAAUGGUGGCUAUGACUUGGCUCUGCCUCCGUUUUGGUUAACUGAUGCAGUCAAUGAAUAUGGAGGAUAUGACAUGGCUCUUCCUCCAUACGAGGCUGUCAAAAGUUUAACUGGGCAUUGUAUGGUGCGGAUUGUUUGUUGUGGCCCAUCCCCUACUGUCCUCGCCGGCCUUUUGUUAUUCAACUGUCAUGCGUGUGGUGAGGCCUCUCAAGCUUUUUUUGUUGUCCUUUGUGUUAUCACUUCCCUUGUGGUUGCCGUGCCGCUAGUUAUUUUGACCCCAACAAUUUCAAUAGGCGCAGGCGGUUGGGUAGCCUAUGGCAUACUGAGCAUCCUUUGCCUUGUUUAUCUUAUGUUGUUUCUGAUUCUUGUCAUCAAGGUCAUCAAAACUGUUGUGCGCAUUCUUGGUCGGGUCGGCUUUGAUCACUCCAGAUGGCCAGUUGAAAGCGGAUUGAUCAGUGUGCUCUCUCUUCUUGGAUGUUGCGGGCCACAGGGAGGUUGCCAUCAGUAUUGCAACCCGAGCAUGUUUUGCAGCCUUACAGAGAGGACAGUGAUGAUGAUGCAGAAAGUGGUUACAUAGUGGGUUUCUCCCGCAUCAGUGGCGGUUGCGCCCACUAUAACUCACCAUACGCAAUUGCCAGCAAGACUGGGGGAGUUCAACUUUCACGUUCCCUAGCAUGGAACACAAGCACAGUGGGCCGGUGUCUGUUGGCACACCAACAAAGACGAUCUAUGAUGAUGAAGAACUACCUA